GGUAUUUUGCUUUGUUCGGGCUUUAUACACUUUUCUCCUCGUAUUUUCGUCAUUUUCUAUCUUUUGAAGCUGGCUUUUAUUAUGAUUUGCGGUUACUCAGUUAUACUUUAGCUGUACGCGCCAUCGGACGAAAAACGAAAUUAAAUGAAGCUAGAAGUGUAUUGCGUAUUGAGCGUGCGGAUGGUGAUCAUUUCAGUUUGACGCAAGCUGCAUAUAAUAUCAUCCAUAAUUAUACCUGAAUGGCAAAAAUGAAAGUAAAACAGUUCAUUUUCGAUUUUGUGCUUCACAUUCGAAUUCACGUGCAAUGAUUAAUGACUGCCAAAUGAUCGCUACGGAUGCUAAAUGGCUGCUACACAGUGUUAACUGCUCCAAAUGAGUAGAAAAAGUAUUUUUUUUUGCUGAAAAUGAAAUGUGAUAUUACAACUGCGAUAGCUGAAAGAAAGUGCUUGUGUUCUGCCACCGCGAUGAGCGCGUAGUGGAUUAAUCUUAACAAAUGUUCGGGCAUAGACCAAUAAUAUUGACUACAUAUCAACUAAAACAUAUAAUAUAUUACAAUAGCAGCAACAACAGCAAAGAUUUCACCUUUCACUCUGCCCAUGCAUGUGCUUGCCAGCGGCAUUGACGUCGUGAAAAUGACUGACUCGGAGCCAGUCAGCCUGGAAUUCAUUGAGGAUCCAUAUCUGCCGAAAUUGGACAAUAUUGUAACACCAUCUCUGGAUGAACCUACCGAAUCGGAUGAAACAUUCUCCGAAUUGGCCGAUUGGACCAACGAGACUGAACAGUAUUUAAGGAAUUUAACAUUAGAUCAAAUUUUCUACGACAUAGACUCGGACUACACGAAUACACUUGAAUUGCAAGCUGUCGAAACAGAGUUUGUAGCAACAAAAUUGGCUAAGCAAUUGCCUUCCUCUUCGAUAGCGAAACGUUUGCGCUUGCGUUUCUUUACAAAGCGUACAAUGCGCGAAGUUAAGGUGACGUUUAUUGAUUUCUCUAAGCCGUAUUUGGCUAAGAUAUCGAGCAGUGAGAAUUACAAGAAAUUCUUGAAUAUUGGCUCACCAUCAGCAACCACUACUACAUCAAACACAACAGCAACAACAACAACAACCAAAACUAACAGCGCCAAAGAUAAUACUUCGAAACUGUCGGAGCCUGCAUCUCCAGUUGCAUCUGUUGCAUCCGCAGAUAUUGCUGCCGAGUUUGCUGCGCUCACUGUUGAAGAGCAGGAAAGACAACGUGCCGAAUGGAGUCAAGAACUUGCACGUGUCGAAGAGGAGAUAAAUACGCUGCGUACAGUAUUGGCAUCGAAAACACGACAUUCUUCAGAGUUGAAACGCAAAUUGGGCAUUACCAUGUGGAAAGAGAUUACAGACGAUAUGAAUCAAGGCCUGAAAAAUGUUAAAGAGAGUUCUGUUUUCCAACGCACCGAAUCGGUGCUCAAGUCAACAUCGGAAAAGACCGCAUCGGUAUUUGGUAGCAUAACCAGCGGCAUAACAUCGAAAUUCUCACAAAUGAAAAACUCGGAAUCGAUGCGUUCGAUUGAAGAGAAGGUUGGCUCAGCCUAUGAGAAUGUUAAAGUAAGCUAUGAUCACAACCAUUUUUUGUGCCAACCCCAUGCGACACGGGUGUCCACUUCACGUUCGGGUUCGAUUAACAGUUUCCCUGAUGCCUUAAACGAAAACAAUUCAUCAUCCGGCCUAAACUCACCAACCGAUUCUGUACCAAAAUAAGUGCGGAAUAUUGCAAGCUCUACUAUUUAGUUUUUAAAAUGCAAAUUCAUUUGCCGAAACCGCAACUUUGUAUGCAAUGGUAAUCAUAUGCAAUGAUGCUGUAAUUUUAUUUGCGACCAAAUAAAUUUCGCAACGAUUUCAAUACCACUAGAACACAUACAUACAUACAAAGAUACUUAUGAAGAAUAUAAAAUAUACUUUUCAUUAUUCUCCUCAUGUACGAGUGCGAUAUUUGGAUUUUUUCUUAAAUGUACGUAGUAUUUCCAAUUUUGCAAUAUGUUUGCAAAUUAAAACGCAAAAAUUUAACGAAAACGAGAAAUAACAAUUUGUAUACACACAUAUACACUACUACUAACCUUACACCUUAGAUAUGUAUAUUUGUAUGAAGUUUAUUAAACUAGCUAAAUGCUAAAGCGAUACCAAGAAAGUGAACGAAAAAAAAAUAGUUUUGGAGAUAUUUUUUUUUUGCUAAAUCGAAAAAAUAAAACAUGCGGUCCCAAAAUAUCUUAUGAUCGCAAAAAAAUCACAGUUUAUUUAAUGGCUUAAGCCAAACAUUAUCUUCUGAUAUUUUAAAAUGAAUCCUGAAAAAAAAGCAUUUGGUAUGCAUGUGUUUACUACCUUUACCAUUACUUUUAAACAAGCAAGUAAGCAAAAACUAAUUUCCUAUCUUAUUUUAUUUGGUUUAAGAAUGCGAUGAUUUGUUAAAACAUGUUUUGUUCUUAAAUUACUUCAAUCUAAUUCUUGAAACUAUUUAUUUUCAUUUUAAAUUUUCUUUUAGACUUUAACCCGUGUAAUGCAAUGGCGUUUAUAACAUUUAUCCUAAAAAUUUUGUAUUACAACCAUGAAUAUUAAAAAAACAUUGCUUCGCAGUUGAUUAAAAAAACUGCAAAAAAAGUAAAAAAGCAUGAAAUGAGCUUAACAAGUUGAAGGCGUGUCAACGCGUCAUAGCAGAGUUGUGUGCAGCAGCAUUUUUGAAUAUUAUUUCCAUAAAACUAUUGAUCUAAAUAUAUUCCACUUUGAAAAUACAAUAAUAUUGUUAAGUGUAUUUUUGCUAAAUAAAUAAAUAAAAAUCAAUAAAUGAGUGUA